CCUCUGUCUUCUUGCAGGAAUUGUUCACAACACUAUGUCACCAUUGCCAGGCAAUGCUUUCAGGGUGAAUGGAAGAGCACAUGUUGACAUCAGUGGCACUACCCAACCCACUACUGGUCCAGGACAUCCUGAAUCUACAGUUUCCUCUGAAAUAUUAGCUACCACCACAUCCAUGGACCUGUCUGUAUACACCACUGAAACAGCCUUUACAAAGUCACAACAGGGAGAGUCAAACCCCCCUUCAACAACGUUAGGAGCUCCCUCACCUGGGGAUGAAAUCAUGACGGAAACUUCACAUGUCCUGGCAAGCACUUUUACACAAGCACCAUCCACAAAAGAACCCCCUGGAAGCACGUCUCAGAUCGACCCUGCGACGAAAAUGCCCGCACAAUUUGAAAUAGCAAAUGUAAAAACCAUAGAAACUACAAACAAAUUGGAAGAAACUUCAUAUGAGACAAAAACAACAGAGAGAACAACCGGGAAUGCGUUCAAAACCUCAGCAACAGGCACCUUGAAAACACUGACCACAGUUAAUAAAGAAAGAGUAACUGCAACUGCAGAAUCAUCGGAAAAUUCAGAGGUUAAAACACCUGAAAUGUCGACAAGUGCAUUUGAACCGGUCCGUGUUGACGCUCCUGUGAGAUCCUCAACUUCAAAAGACACGAUAACUACACCCACAACCUCUUCUUUGAUAACAACACCGACAAUCAAAUCUGCAAUCAAAUCAGAAAUUGCACCAGCAUCUGUAUAUGCUUCAAACUCACCUGUCAUGUUAAGAACAACUACAUUACAAACCAUGGCAACAACUAGGACAUUAGGGGGGAAUACGUUUGAGCUGUUAGCCACCUCCCCUGGAAAACCAUCUGAAAGAACAUUAGAGACGUCAACUAUAAUGCCAAUGUCCACAACUGCUUCUUCGGCGCCAGGCAGCGUUUCUGAGACAUUGUCUGCAAUUACAUCACCAAGGACAACUUUUGCCACAGUUGCAUUCCUACCUAUUGUAUCAGUUCCUACACCUGAUAGCCCAUUGGAAACUAAAGCUACAGCUACGACAGAACGUACAGAUGACAGCAAUCCUAAAACCACAGCUGCGACUCCGUAUGAAACAACUGAUACAAACACACCUGAAACAUCAUCCACAACCCCAUCAACUAAACUUAAAACAUCAUCCACUUAUACAACAUUCCCAUCAACUGCACCGGAGACAUCUGUGAAAGUCACUAAAGAACCCUUUACAACAGAUGCAACCAUGGCCACGAGCUCAUCAGAAAAACUGUCAACAGUCUACUUUCAAGCAUAUCAAACCACAACUACAACUGAUACAUCAACUAUAACUUCUACAACAAGUGACUCUUCAACUAUUCCUGUAUCUGCAACAUUGUUGACAGUUACAGCAGAAAGGAUAACUACAUUCCCCCCAUCAACCGAACCUAAAACAGCAUCCACAGCCACAUACACAACAAUCCCACACACCGAAACUGAAGCAUUAACCACAACUACAACAUCCAUAUCAACCCAACCUGAAACAUCAUCAACAGCCACAUACACACCAACCCCAUCAACUGAACCCGAAACAUCAUACACAACUACAACAUUCCCAUCGACCGAAAUGGAAUCAUCAUCCACAACUACAUCAUCCCUAUCAACCGUACCUCAAACAUCAUCCACAACUGCAACAUUCCCAUCAAUUGAAAAAUCAUCCAUAACUACAACAUCCCUAUCAACCGAACCAGAAACAUCAUCCACAACUACAACAUUCCCAUCAACUGAAACUGAAACAUCAUCCACAACUACAACAUCCAUGUCAGCCAAACCUGGAACAUCCUCCACAGCCACAUACACAACAUCCCCAUCCACCAAACCUGAAACAUCAUCCACAACUACAACAUUCCCAUCAACCGAAACAGAAACAUCCUUCAAAACUACAACAUUCCCGUCAACUAAAACGGAAACAUCCUCCAUAGCCAGAAACACAUCAUCUCCACCAACUGAACCAGAAACCUCAUCCACAACUACAACAUUCCCAUCAACCAAACCAGAAACAUCAUACACAGCCACAUACAUUACUGACCCAUCAACUGAAACUGAAACAUCUUCUACAUCCACAACAUCCCUAUCAACUGAAACUGAAACAUCAUACAUAUCCACAACAACCUUAUCAACUGAAGCUGAUAAAUCAUCCACAACUACAACAUCCAUAUCAGCCAAACCUGAAACAUCAUCCACAGCCACAUACACAACAUCCCCAUCAACCAAACCUGAAACAUCAUCCACAACUACAACAUUCCCAUCGCCCGAAACUACAACAUUCCCAUCAACUGAAACUGAAACAUCAUCCACAACUACAACAUACAUAUCAACCAAACCUGAAACAUCAUCCACAGCCACAUACACAACAUCCUCAUCAACCGAACCUGAAACAUCAUCCACAACUACAACAUCCAUAUCAAACAAACCUGAA